CGCCUACGUCAUAAAAACGUCAACAUUAGAGAACCCAUAUGUGUGGCCAGGUGUGCCGCGUUUCACGCGUUUCGGCAAGAAGGCAAAAUGCAGACGGUCCCUAACACCGUUAAACAGGAAGUAAAAACACGAUGUAAUUGGGUGAAUUUGAAAGCAUUUUAAUAGUAAAUAACGCGUGGCAGGCACACGCGUGACUGACAGAGCUCCACGCCGUGGCUCCGUCACUCUAUUUCCGGGUGGAGUGAGCGCUCACCGCCGCCGGCUGCUGGCUGUCGUCCUCCCGCCACACGCUCGUCCAGCACAGGCCAAACAAAGAGCAAACAGCAAACAUAUUGACCCACACAAGAUGGAGAGUGCUCGCUGAAAGACGACGCCAGGCCACGUUGGUCGCUACUAUGGCGGCGUCGCUGCUCUCCGAGACCGACAUCAGGCACCGGUCCAUGGCGGAGGAGGACCCGAACGGCAACGAGCACGGGGCGGCUGCACGCAGCGCCGCACCCCGCUGGGGACCGCAGCACGCCGGAGCCCGGCAGCUGGCUCGGCUCUACUCUCCCGGUAAGCGUCUCCAGGAGUGGGUGUGUGUGAUUCUGUGCCUGGUUCUCUUCAUCAUCAACUUCACCUUCCUCCUCCUGCACUUCUCCACCGUGCACAUCUGCCAGAUCGUCCUGGGCAUCGUGCUCGGAAUAUUGACAGCAGACUUUGCAUCUGGGAUGGUACACUGGGGGGCCGAUACCUGGGGAUCUGUAGACAUCCCUGUUAUUGGCAAGGCGUUUAUUCGUCCAUUCAGAGAGCAUCACAUUGACCCAACUGCCAUCACCCGCCACGACUUCGUUGAAACCAAUGGAGACAACUGUAUGAUCCCCAUUUUGCCACUGGCACAUAUGGCCUACAAGUUCCUCACUUACACACCAGAGGCCUUGGCGGCGUCCUACCCCUGGGACUGCUACGUCCUCGCCCUGGCGGUGUUCGUCACGUUGACCAACCAGAUUCACAAGUGGAGCCACUCUUACUUCGGGCUCCCGCGCUGGGUCACGCUGCUGCAGGAUUGGCAUGUGGUGUUGCCGCGGAAACACCACCGCAUCCACCAUGUCUCGCCACACGAGACGUACUACUGCAUCACCACGGGCUGGUGUAACUAUCCACUGGACCAGCUGGGUUUCUGGAGACACAUGGAGCGUCUGAUUGAGAGACUGACGGGUCAAAAGCCUCGCUCUGACGACUUGGCCUGGGCUAAGAAGACCGACUGACAGAUGGGCUUGCAUAUGGAAACAUAGCAGAUAAGAAGAAGAUAGAUGUAUGGGGAGGAAAGCACACACACUGUACAUUAUACAUUUUCAGUGCAUUCUUCAUUACUGUAUUUCUGUGUGUGCAGAAUUGUAUCUAAAAAGGUUUGUGGAAAAAAUGCCUCGUAGUUCCACUGAUAGCAGUCAAUCAUCUUGUUAUUGAAUGCUCAUUUUAACCAAUCAGGUGUAGUAUUGUUUUAACGUCUCGUAGGAAGCUUUUGGAGGUUGGGCUCUCCAGGAGUGAGACCAUGCUGCCUCUCACACAAACACACACACACACACACAAUUCAACCCCUCGAGCCCCACAGUGUCCAUUCACAGGUACGUUACUUUAACAACCUCCAAAGUUAAAAUCCUGCUCUCUACACCUUUUAUUCUGUCAUUCCAAUGUUGUAUAGCCUUUCAUAUAGCAUAAACAAGACAAGAAAGUAUCUUAAAACUGACAAACUUCUGUUUUAAAACUGAAUAUUUUAUUGGAAUAUGAACAGGCUCAUCAAAAGUCCUAAAUUAAGGUUUAAAAAGCUGCAUUUUUAAUAGUAAUUACAUUGCUUACUCGUUUAACUGCAGAGGGUACCAGGCAUGUAAUAGUGUUGAGUCAAUAUUAGCACAAGGCCUUUAAUUAGAUAAACGCACGAGUGUAUUAAUUGUGAAUAAUAUAAUGAAUUAAUUUGACAGUAGCUUUUUGAUACAUAACAGAGUUGUACCAAGGGCCUGAUCUACUAAGAUCCAAAUAACAAGUGUGCAAAUUAUAAAAUUAAAUGUACCGGUAUGCUUAGUGCACAGGUGUGAAACUUAACGCCCGGGGGCCAGAUCUUGCCCGCCACAUCAUUUUAUCUGGCCCGCAAACACCUGGAAAUGAUACGUGUCAAUAAAGUACUUCAUAUUUUCUCACUAAAUGUAAUUGUUUUUCAUUUUGACAGAAAAAAAAAAAAUGUACUGCUUGAAAUUGCAUACCUUUUAACUUUAAUAGUAUCCAAUAUUACAGUAUGUUAUAUUUUCCCAAAUAAAAAAUACUAAACUUUACA